CUCCUUUGUUUUAGGAUUAUAAAACUUAUUUAUAGUUUAUGAAUUAAUAAAUACUUUAAAAUGGAUUUGAAACCUAUGCCCAGUUCAAAAUCAGAUAUCUUAAAAGAAGCUUAUGAACUUGGAAUUUUAUCCAAACUCAAUUUUCAAGUAUCAAAUCACUUGGCUUUUCAAUUACCAAGGGGCAAAUUACUUAAAGCUUGUUACAAUUCCAAAAAGUCACUGAGAAGUUUUACAAAAGUCAGCAUAAUACUUCUAGGGGUUUCUGGUGUUGGUAAAUCUUGCACUAUCAACCACUUGUUAUCACUAGCAAUAGCAAGGACAUCUGAAGAUUCGUCAGAAACCAGGAGUACAACAUGUUAUUCCAUAAAGGAAAAAAUCCAAAGUUUAGGUGUUUCAAACUUUUUGGUGGAUUUAAUUGAUACUCCUGGAUUAUCUGACGGAGAAGGUUUGAAACAAGACGCUGCAAAUUUUAAAUCAAUCUCCAACUAUUGUAUUAGUGAGUUUUCCGAGAAGAUUUUUCCAAAUAUUAUUUUUCUAUUUUUACAAUCUAACGAUAACAGAUAUAAUCAUGAGAGAAGCAAGUUUGUAUUAAGCUUAAAGCAAAUCAAAAAACUUAACAUAGUAUGUCAAGAGUUUCCAAAUGUUGUUGUAAUUAUCACUUUUGCUUGUUCUAUUGCGUUUGGUGAUGUUGAAAAAUGGAAAGAAAAACUAAAUCAAAUUUCAAGUAAAGUCAAACAUCUUGUAAGUAAACACCUAGGGAUUGAUUCCUUGGUUGUUUGGCUAGAGAAUGAUUACGAAUUUUGCGGUUUAACAGUUUCUAAUGACAACAAUUCUUCAUUUUUACCCGAUGGAACCAUACAGCCAGCAAACCUAUACAAAGCCAUUGUAGAACAAGCAAGAAAAAAUAACGAUGAACUACUGGAGAAUGCUAUGCAUCAUUUGUUUUCCAACAGUUUGAUUCGUCGUGUAGAGGUCUUUGUAAGAAUAACCAUAAAGGCAAAAGAUACCCGUUUAGAAAAACUAGACGAGAAAGAAAACAAAAUACUAAUGGAAAUGCAAGCGGAUCAAGGAGGUUAUGUUCCAGAUAAAAUUAUUCCACCUUCACACAUAUAAAUGUGUGUUGGAACCGGUGUGCAUAAUCUUAGCGACGAACUGAAACCAACUCGUUUAUUUGAAACUAAUGACAAUGAUACAUAUAACGCGAUUGAAAAUUAAAUUCCUAAC